GGGUGAGAGCGGGGUGUUUUCGUGGCAACGCUGUGGCGUGUUGUGGAGUUGCGUGUACGACACAUUCUGCAAAAGGAGGAAGAUGCAUUGUUUUAACUCCCGCGCCGCCACCAGCAGCACCGAGCUCCGGGCUAUGGCGUCUUCCCCCCGCCGCAGUUUGUAAGAAGGAAGAUCUGUGUGCACUGCAAGUGUCGCCGUGAGGAGCAUGCAGUGACCGCCAUGCCGGUGGAGAUGGAGAAGACGGUCACCAAGCUGAUGUACGACUUCCAGAGGAACUCCACCUCGGACGACGACUCGGGCUGCGCCCUGGAGGAGUACGCCUGGGUGCCGCCGGGACUCAAACCCGAACAGGUCCACCAGUACUACGGCUCCCUGCCGGAGGACAAGGUGCCCUACGUGAACAGCCCGGGAGAGAAAUACCGCAUCAAGCAGCUGCUCCACCAGCUCCCGCCCCACGACAACGAGGUGCGCUACUGCAACGGCCUGGACGACGAGGAGAAGCGAGAGCUGAAGCUCUUCAGCAACCAGCGCAAGCGCGAGUACCUGGGCCGCGGCAACGUGCGGCCGUUCCCCGUCACCAUGACGGGGGCCAUCUGUGAACAGUGCGGCGGCCAGAUAAACGGCGGCGACAUCGCCGUGUUUGCGUCGCGCGCCGGUCACAGCGUGUGCUGGCACCCGGCCUGCUUCGUGUGCAGCGCCUGCAACGAGCUGCUGGUGGACCUCAUCUACUUCUACCAGGACGGGAAGAUCUACUGCGGCCGGCACCACGCCGAGAGGCUGAAGCCGCGCUGCACCGCCUGCGACGAGAUCAUCCUCGCGGACGAGUGCACCGAGGCGGAGGGGCGUCACUGGCACAUGAAGCACUUCUGCUGCUUCGAGUGCGACACGGUGCUGGGGGGCCAGCGCUACAUCAUGAAGGAGGGCCGGCCCUACUGCUGCUCCUGCUUCGAGUCCCUCUACGCCGAGUACUGCGACUCCUGCGGGGAACACAUCGGCAUCGACCAAGGCCAGAUGACGUACGACGGGCAGCACUGGCACGCCACCGAGGGCUGCUUCAGCUGCGCCCGCUGCAAGCGCUCUCUGCUCGGCCGGCCCUUCCUGCCCAAGCAGGGCCAGAUCUUCUGCUCGCGCUCCUGCAGUCUGGGGGAGGAGCCCAACGGCUCGGACUCCUCCGAUUCGGCCUUCCAAAGCGCCCGAUCCACCAGGGAGUCCAGACGCAGCUCCAAGGCGGGGAAGAGCGGCGGCGAAGGAGGCGGGGGUCAGACCGAGAGAUUCUCGGGCGAGGUGGACCCGCUGUCUCUACAAAUGGAUCUUCUGAGUCUCUCCAGCCAAACGCCCAGUUUGACGCGCGAGCCUCCUGCCUGGCAGAGUCAGGAGCAAGCGGGCGACGGCUAUAACUACGAAUCCCAAUCGGACCCGACUGGCAACCCCACCCCUCUGCAGCUCCUGAGCCAGUGCAACGUCAGGACCGCCUACAACCCCGCCUGCUCCGUGCAGAAGAUUCAACAGCAGGAUCACAGGGUCAAGGAGAGCGACGGCUUGAAGAGGCCACCCAUCUCAGCCAUGAAGGGCCACUCUAUGAACGACAUGUGGUUCCAACAACCGGCUCCAGAGAAGUACUACCCCCCCAAGCUGAGGACCCAAAAGAGCUUCACGGAGGUGACCCAUUGCUCUCAGCACCACGACGGCUUCUCCUCGGACAAGCGCUCGAUCAGUUUGCACGGCUUCCAGAGGGACAGGGAAAGAGAGACGGGGCCUUCGGCAGCGACCCAGAUGGCAAGAAGCAGGAACCCCAUCAAUGCACUUAACUUCACGGAGCAACUGACCCCUCUGGAGCAGACCCCCAGAGGAUCCAUGGAGUCCCUGGCCCUGUCCAAUGCAACAGGCCAAUCAGCAGAUGGAGGAGGAAAGCGGCAGGAGAACCUUUCUCAUUUCUCCAUGCCAGACCUGAGCAAAGACUCCGGAAUGAACGUGUCCGAGAAAAGCAACAUGGGCACCCUGAACUCCUCGGUGCAGUUUCGGAGCUCCGAAUCCGUUCACAGCCUCGCCGCCGGUCAGCCCUACCUGGAAAUGGAUCCUCCCAGGUCCUCCCAGUACAAGGUGCAGUACUGCGGUCACCCCGGCAUGGGUAUGACUAAGCUACCGCCUGGCUUCACCUUCCAAGAGGAGGAUAGGGUGAGUUUGGUGAGCAGCGCCAACGCCGCCCGCCUACCGCCCAUCAGUGAGCGCAGGGUGGGUGGGAUCGGUGCUGGAAGAGGAGCAAGUAUCCGGAUAGAGGCUCCAGAAGAGACUCCCCAGAGGCGCCGGCACCACCACCACCACCGCUCCCAAAGAUCCCGCCGAUCCCGUUCAGAAAACGCUCUCAACUUGGUGGCAGAGCGACGGGUCAGACCUCAAGAAAGACCACAGUUCCACGUCCGCGAGGAUUACGACCGCUUCCCGCCACCGAGGAGCGGCAGGGACCAGUUUGGAGGAGAAGGAGGAGGUGGAGGGAGAUACCAGCCCCAACCCUUCAGGCAGUGCCCCAGAACCACUUCAGACCUGACUCUUCAGAACCCCGGGGCCAGCCACCGCUCCGGCUUGAACCAGUACUCCUGGGACGAUUACGACGACGACGGCUGGUGCUCCACUUGCUCUUCGUCGUCCGAAUCGGAGGACGAAGGAUACUUCCUGGGCGAGCCGAUCCCCAAACCCGUCCAGCUGCGCUACCUCAGCAACCAGGAGCUCGUCCACAAGUACAACGAGGUUGGAGGACCCAACCACGGCGGGCAGCUACACACCCGCAAACGCAGAAAAAGCAAGAACUGCAUUAUCUCCUAACGUCCCGUCAGUCCGGUAAAGAAAAUUACUCUUCGUCCAGCUUGUGUACGCUAACAUCUCCCGUCUGGAACAGGAACAUAAAUACAAGUCACAGUCCAUUUAUAUUUAGUGUUGUUGAGUGUUGAAUAUCAAGUAAUUGAAAGUCAGUGAUGAAUUACAGUCGGUUAACAGUGAAAAAGCACACGGUGUUUGCAUGUUUGUUCAUUUUGAUGUUUCGGAAUAUCUCCCGAGUAUUACGGCGAACGGUUACAUGCGCAGUAUUGUUUUAAUCACGACUUAAUUUCCAUGCAGAAGACAAGUGUGCAAGGUAGUCAGUUUGGGACAGCUUUUAGGAUAUAUACUGUACUAUUGUGUUCAGUUCAUAGUAUGUACAUAGAUAAAUGAAUUAAUAAUUUCACUUAAGUUAAGGAAGUCCAUGUACAUAUGGUUGUAAAUGAGGCCUCACAUAUUUUUAUAUUUUGUAUGGAUAGAAUCAUUUAUGGAUUAAAUAUCUAUAAUGUAGAUAUAGAAUAUGACAAAAACAACGUAUGCAUGUUUUAUUUGGCUGACCUGGUCCCGCAUUUGGAAUAAAGGAGUAUUUCAGUGA